CAUCCUGAAAGCAAUUUGAUCCAAGUUUACCCAUCCAACCGUAUCGUUGACCGUAAGUUUAAUUGGGUCACAAAGUUCUUUAACCGUAAGUGACUGUCAAAAUUCGAAAUCGAAAAAGUAUAAAAUCACGGUUCAGGACACUGCCAAGCAUAGUUCGCCAGCAGCUCUUCCUUCGAUAGUCAACUUCGUCCAAGAAUCAACCAAGCGUGAAACAAUGAACGCCUUCAUCGCUCUGUUUGUCGCCACUUUGGCCGUUGCCGCCCAAGCUGGACAUGUCCCAAGCUCGUGGCCAGUGACCACCUACGGCGUGGACUCCUGGAAUGGUCUCAACUCCUGGAACGGACUCAACUCCUGGACCGGAUUGAACUCCUGGAACGGACUAAACUCCUGGAACCACCCAGCUGCCUACCUGUACGGAGUCAACCAGUGGUCCACGCCAGCCUACAACGGAUGGUACGGCAAGGUCGCGCCCCUUGUCCAGCCCACCAUCGCAAAAGUCGCCCCGUGGGGACUUCCGGUGGCCCACACCGGAUACGGCUACGGAUACAACAACUACCUGGCUGAGGCCAAGUACGUCGCCCCGCUGGUCGGACAUUCCGUCAACCAGAAGGUCAUUGUAGCUUAA